CAUUUCCCGUCGGCCAUGUUAGAAAAUGCGAGAUAGAAAGCUAACGAGCUAGCUAGUUAAUCCUAGCAACGAGAGUGAGAUUUGUCCAUAAAACAAGUUUCAAUUUUAUUUUGUUUACUACCACCUGGCUGCAGACAGGUCUGCAAAAGCAAGAUGGCUAACUAACUAACUUUUGAGACUUUUCGGGGAUUAAGUAGCUGGUUCGUGCCAGACAUUUUACACUUGCAAGCAGGUUCGACUGGGUCGGGCCUGUUGCGUUUAUUUAACCAUGAUGAAGCCACGCAAACAUGUUAGCCUGGGCAAUGGAAAAAUAAACACCGGGGAGGUGGCGGGGGAGAAGAUUCUGUCUGCAAAGGAUUUUGUUGGUAUCCCUCUUCCCACCAACAGCAAUGGUAACAGACAUUUGAUAAAUGCUAACGUAAAACAGAAGUCAACACGAAAUGUUUUUACCACUCUUUCAAAAGUGGGCAGCAAAGAGGGUCUUGUUCACAAGAAGAAUAUGGACCGCAUAAAUGACAAGGCCCUGGAUUUCACUAAUCACUAUGAGGGAAAGUUUUUGGACAAAAAGGAAUCUGCUUUGUUUCUGAAUGGGGUGGUAAACUCUGCUCAUAUUACAAAUGGUUACUCCAGCAAGACACCCCCUGAUAAUGAUGGCAGUGGCUCAGAAGGUGGAUAUACUACUCCUAAGAAACGUAAGACCAGACGCAACAGCAUCAAGAACACAGAGCAUGUGACAAGAGAAAGGGAGAGAGUCAUGCAGCAGGGCAAUGCCACACAGGAGCCAGAGGUUUCUGGACUUGAACCAACAGAGAAAUUGGUGAGCUCGCGAGUUGUCCAUAAAGCAGACGCCCAGACAGCAGUCAAGCGGAUGGAUGCUCCAGAGGUGGCUAUGGGUGAACUGCAGAAGAAAAACUCAGACAGUAAGACUGCUGCAGGUGCCUUUGGUAAAAAGUUUGAGAAUAGGCCUAAAGCCAAGCUCUCCUCCUCUUCAAAAGAGGACUCUUGGACUUUAUUCAAGCCGCCUCCAGUAUUUCCUGUGGACAACAGUAGUGCUAAAAUAGUGCCCAAGAUUAGUUAUGCAAGUAAAGUUAAGGAGAACCUCAACAAAGCAGCCCAGACUGGAGGAGAGGUGCAGCCUCCUCAGGUGCCUGGUAGACUCUCGCAGGUCCCCAUGUCUGCUAUGAAAACCAUCAUCUCAGCUAGCUUUACUAAUGGCCCCGUUUCUGGAGAUGGAAAUAGUUGCCCGUCUGUUGGUACCUUCUUCACUCCCGCUGCUAGUAGUAUUCCGCCAGCCCCCUCUCUCCCAUGUGGGGAGAACGUAGCAUCCACUUUGGACAAUGACUAUAACUCUUUAACCAACCCUGCAGCUGUAGAUCUGAGAAAGUGUACUCUUUUCAUUUACCCCCUAAACCCUUUAAAUAUGCAACCUGUGCUCCCUAGUGCUCGCCAAUUGGACACCCAGGCUGCUCAGACAAAUCAGAAAGCCUUGGGGGACAUUUUCCAGAAUCAGUGGGGGCUGUCUUUCAUCAAUGAGCCAAACGUGGGGCCAGAAGGAGGAAGCGGGCCGGUGGCUGCCGUGUUGGGCAAGGCUGCGGUGGUAACAUUUCAAGGGGAGCAAUGCCCUGCUGCCAAGCCAGGCCUUGACUCUAAUCUAUCAAUCCCAGAGCCUUUGCCUCUCACUUUGGCUCAAGACUCAGAGAAAAGGACUAGUGCCCCAGCUUGCCCACCUGCUACAGUGAAGGGUGAGGAUGGGGAAAAGGCUCAGCUGUCUAGACAGGACAAGACAAAGGGUGAGGCUAAGAGUCCAGGUGCAGUUUUUUUGGCCUCUUGUAAAGACAUUAGUGCUGUGCCUGCCCAGGUCCCCCUGACCAACCUGGUGUUGGGUCUGUCUAAAGAGCCGCCCCAUUCUAAGAGCCUGGACAGAGGUAGCUGGGGGUCGUUUGAUCUGAAAGCUGCUGUUACUUAUCACACUAAAGAAAUGGAAUAUGUUUUCAAUUUGCAAAAACAAGAUCCAAAAAGAGUAGUCUGUUAUGACAAGACCAAGGAUGGACCUGAUCAGUGAGGUAGUGCAUGUCAACAAUUACAUGUACCUUCUCCCUACCUGGGUGCUGCAGAUGUCUUCUUUGGCGGUUAUGAUCCCUUUGGAAAACAAACUUGAGUCAACUGUGAUAUUGGGACAGAAAGAUGUGUGUCCUGUGACAUACAUUUAUUGGAAUACAGAAUGGGAUAAUGGGAUUCGUUUUUGGGGGGUGCGUCAAAGAAGAGGAAGAUGACAAGGGAAGGUGUAAUAUGAGGAAAUAUUAAUCCAAUUAUUGGCAUUAAGUUGAGCGCAGGAGCUUUUGCUGACGCUCUGGACUACACAAAGACUCAAACACUUGAAAGAAAUUUUGGGUGCCUCUCUCAUGUGAAUGGACACUUGUGACACUUUCUGCUGUAAUAGAUGUUGGUCUCAUAGCUCCUUCCUCUGGGUGUUGGGGACAUAAGACUGAGGAAGGUGCAAACUGCACCUCCCGAGCCUUUAUCCUCUUGCCCAUUGAACUGUGGUGACUGUAUGACAGUAGGAUGCCUCAAUCGUUUUAUUUCCUCAUGCAUUCAAAUUAGUCCAAUAUAUGUACAUUUGUGUAUGUGUUAUGAUUUAUGCAUACACAUCAGUAUAUGUGCACAUUUGAAUACAUUUUAAAAGAAAAUUAUCUCAAUUCUAAGAACGCCUUGAAAUUUACAAAAUGUGAAGAUUAUGAGAAGGCUGGUAGUAUUGAUAGUCCUGUUAGGCUGCAGGUUAAAUGAGAAAUAUAUAUGUUGAGGGAACGCAUUUGUCUUAAUUACUUUAGUGAAAUAACUAUGCCCAGCAAAGACCUGACUGCUUGGUAUCAGUUUUGACAACUAUUUUACUCUGUUUUUGUAUGGUUUAGCGAUUUCAGAUGUGAUCUACAGUAGCAACAAGCUCCCAGAGCACAGAUAGAGACGUGUCAAAUCGGAAUGAAACUAAAGCCGUGUCAUAAUCUCGUGGUUCGGUUGUCAGUUUUUGGUAGCCGUGCUAAUCAGUAAAAAAGUUUUGGCAUUAAUUGUCUUUAUCUGAGUUUAGCUUUAUUUGUACUUUUAUUUCUUAACACUUGCUGUUUUCAGUCUACAAAUUUCAUUAACUUCAGAUUACGAUUGAUGUAGGCUGUUCCUUAAUUUUAGUUGUAGGUUCUCUUGAGCUUUUCACUUGAUUGUGGGAGUUUUUGGGAAGAUGAGAGAAGUGACAUUGUGGAGCAAGGGCUAUCUAUGUAAGUGAUAUUUCACCCCCAAAAAACAAAACAAAAUCACACAAAAAAAAAAAUGUUUGUAUUUCAUCAGUAAGGAGGUUCAAAAUGUCUAAUUCAUUAGGCCUGUCUAAGCUAUAUUUGCUGACACCAUGUGGAGAAAUGGCAAAUUUCCUAUUUUCUUUCUCAAGCAAUUUGCUUUUGAUUUGCUGACCAACCUGUUCAGCAUAUGAUACUAUUUGCCCUUUCAGCAUUUGGUCUUUAAUCUCUCUCUUAUGACAAUGUAUUUCUUGCAUGUGUGGAUGAGAUGUGAGAAGUCGCAGUAUAAUAUAACCAAGCAAAUUUUAGACAGAAAACAAUCGCAAUAGUAAUCAUUUCAUGCCCCAGACCAGCCGCUCUUUGUUAUACUGUGCAUAGAGAUUUGGUGGUGAUGACGUUUCAUAAUACUGUAUCAUCGCGUUAGUCUUUGAUCAAAGUGAUUGUGUCAAGAGGCCUAAAUAUGUCAAGGCAGGACAAAUUUGGCAAUACAAUGAGUGGACAACCACGAUGUCAUUGGUACUACCAUCUCCCUCUGGGUUUUUGGUUUUGCGCUAAGGAAGGACAUUAGUUUCUUUUCUCUAGCAUAAAUUAUUUGGUUGUGUGGAUUAAUAGCACUUUAUUUAACAUAGUUUUUUAAAAAUCUUUCAAUUACUACAGAUAUACAGUACCAGUCAAGUUUGGACACACCUACUUGUUCAAGGGUUUUUCUUUAUUUUUACUAUUUUCUGCAUUGUAGAAUAACAAUGAAGACCUCCAAAACUAUGAAAUAACCAAAAAAGUGUUAAACAAAGUAGCCACUCUUUGCCUUGACUGCUUUGCACACUCUUGGCAUUCUGUCAACCAGCUUCACCUGGAAUGCUUUUCAAACAGUCUUGAAUGAGUUCCCACAUAUGCUGAGCACUUGUUGGCUGCUUUUCCUUCACUCUGCGGUCCAACUCAUCACAAACCAUCUCAAUUGGCUUGAGGUUGGGUGAUUGUGGAGGCCAGCACUCCAUCACUCUCCUUCUUGGUCAAAUAGCCAUUACACAGUCUGGAGGUGUGUUGGGUCAUUGUCUUGUUGAAAAACAAAUGAUAGUCCCCCAGAUGGGAUGGCAUAUCGCUGCUGUGGUAGCCAUGCUGGUAAAGUGUGCCUUGAAUUCUAAAUAAAUCACUGACAGCGUCACCAGUAGAGCACCAUCACACUUCCAUGCUUCACGGUGAGAUUCACACAUGCGGAGAUCAUCCGUUCACCUACUCUGCAUCUCACAAAGACACAGCGGUUAGAACCAGAAAUCUUAAAUUUAGACUCCUCAGACCAAAGGACAGAUUUCCACCAGUCUAAUGUCCAUUGCUCGUGUUUCCUGGCCCAAGUAAGUCUCUUAUUAUUGGUGUCUUUUAGUAGUGGUUUGUUUGCAGCAAUUAGACCAUGAAGGCCUGAUUCUCCUCUGAACAGUUGAUGCGGAGAUGAUUCUGUUACUUGAACUUUGACGCAUUUAUUUGGGCUGCAAUCUAAGCAAUUUAUCCUUUGCAGCAGAGGUAACUCAGGGUCUUUCUUUCCUGUGGCAGUACUCAUGAGAGCCAGUUUCUUCAUCAGCGCUUGAUGGUUUUUGCGACUGCACUUGAAACUUUCAAAGUUCUUUACAUUUUCUGAAUUGACUGACCUUCAUGUCUUAAAGUAAUGAGCUGUUCUUGCCUUAAUAUGGACUUAGCACUGUUUGGUAAAAGACCAUCUUCUGUAUACCACCCCUACCUUGUCACAACAUAACUGAUUGACUCAAACACAUUAAGAAGGAAAGAAAUUCCACAAAUUAACUUAAGGCACACCUGUUAAUUGAAAUGCAUUCCAGAUGACUACCUCAUGAAGCUGGUUGAGAGAAUGCCAAGAGUGUGCAAAGCUGUCAAGGCAAAGGGUGGCUACUUUGAAGAAUUUAAACUCUAUUGAUUUAACCCAUUUUUGGUUACUACAUGAUUCCAUGUGCUAUUUCAUAGUUUUGAUGUCUUCACUAUUAUUCUACAAUGUAGAAAAUAGUGAAAAUAAAGAAAAACCCAUGAAUGAGUAGGUGUGUUCAAACAUUUGACUGGUACUGUGUAUAUAUUUAUAUAAUGGCAUACUAACUUCUUUUAAGAAUGGCUUUGGUUGGGCUGUUCUUUUUAAGAAAAAUAAAUGAAUAAAUACAAAAUGUCACUCAGGUAGCAUUGGUAAAGCCAUGACAAAGUUGGAACAAUUUUGUUUUCUGCCAAAUGGUUCAGAACAAGAUCCUCAUAUUGUGCUCAAAUUUGAAUUGCUAAAAUAUUGAAUUGGAGUCAUAUUUAAUACUAAACUACAGAGCUGUGAUAAAAUACCAAAAUAUUUAGCUUACAGAAAACACUGACAUUGCUUGCAAGCAGCUGUCAUACAUGUUAUGUAGGCUUCAAACCUUUUAAGUUCUCUGUUUAGGCAAUUUCACUUUAAGCACACUGAUUUGCACCGUUUUCCACCUGUUAUUGGAUCUCUUACUGUCCUUGAUUCUUUUGUCAUUCAUGACCUGAAGCACUUCUCUGUGUUCCCAGUCCAGGUUAUAUGCAAUGGCAGGAAUCUAUGUCUGUGCUUCCUAGUCCAGCCCUCUCUUGUGUUUUCUGGUCACAUCAUGGCUUGUUCUUGCAGACUGAGAGGGAACUACAAGAAGGUCACAUAUACCCCUGCUGUGUACAAAACUGUGUCUCACAUACACUUAAAGGGCAAUUCUGCCACUUUUCAACCUCAUUCAUCAUCUCCGCACCAUACCAGUGUCUACAUAUGAAAAACGCACAUUUCUGUGGUUUAGAAGAAAGGUCCUAAAAAAAUGCUUCUCUGUGACAUCACAGGGUAGGUUUUAAAAGUAAGAAACUGAUUUUCCAAAACCUGCAACAAGUUUCUAGCCAGAGGGAGGGUAUUUUCUUGCUCCCCAUGUCAUUGUGAAUCUCAUUGCAUUUGAAAAAUUGCUGUUAUCAGGUAGAACUUUUUAGUAAUGCACCAUUUUCACAUAUGUAGACACUGGUAUUGUGCUGGAGAUAAUGACAAUUAGGUUGAAAAGUGGUGAGAUUGCCCUUUUUUAAGUUACUUCGCUGUGGAAUUCAAAGCAAAGGAUAGACCUCUGGAUGUGGUAUUUUACUAAGUGUUAUCAGAUGGGGAAACUCUUAUCGAGCAAAAUAAUAUCUUAUUUGGCUAAUGCUGGACAAUGGCGAAAUUGAUCGGUUUUAUUUUGUCUUGAUCGGCAGUGGGAAUUGUUUUUGCGAUGGACAACCAAGUUUGAAUAGUUUGCAAUGGUGACAUUGACGGCAAAAAAAUUAAAUGAAUAUCUUUUUUAAAUUUUAUUACUUGUACUCUGAAUGUUCAUGCAGUCGAUUUAUGUUUCUUUACUUGGUUCCCCAAAAUAUUGGAAUAGAAAACACCAGAUCAUACGUAAAAAAAACAAACAAGUUUGUCAUUUUCAUAACCCUAACCUCUUUUUUUAAAUUUUAUUUUUAUUUUUAAUCCUGAGUGGGAGAACAAGUAUGCUUCUUUGUGAAAGCGGGCAUGCAAUCUCUUUGGAGUCGGUGUGCUCUAACAGUCCUAAGUACAUAUUAUGUUCAUUGUUUUGAUCCAGACAUGUCCCCUUUUAUUUGAUUCUUAAGAGGGCUCAUUGAUCUCUAGGGAAAUAACACAAAAGUUUUCCCCCUUAGAUAUUUUAAAGCACUUAAGUAAAAUGGGUAUUUUUUGUAUUUAAGAAAAUAAUAUAGCUAUAUUACUUGAACGAUAGUGUAGUAGGAUGUAAACCAAAAACUGGUUCUUAAUAGAGGAGUUGGUUUGAGACAUACUCUGCUACAAGAGAGCGCGUUUGUGCUUUGUGUGGUGAAAGAAAAUCGAGAAAGUGAUUUCUGUCUGUAUUUUCAUCCUCCUUAGGACGUGCAAUCACCUCAAGGAUACUCGCACAGUCCUCCGAGUUCUGAAUAGGAGGACUGCUGUUUGAUGUGUGUGUAAAAGUGAGCUCUUCCAAUUAUAUGCAAGUUUCACCUUUUUUUUCAAGACCCUUGUAUCAUGUUCAUGUGCCUGUGUGAAAAGUAUGCUUUUACAGUGAUUAGGAUCUUUUCUUCUUUAAAAAAAUAAUAAUUUGUGCCAUGUUUUUUUGUUAAAAAAAAAAAUCAACAUUUGCAAUGCUGUUUAACAUUUUUUACAGCUUCCUUUGCUGCAUCCUUUCACUGACAUGAAAGAAGCUGAAAGCAAUGUGUGUUUUUAGAUGUUUUGAAGGAAAAUUUCACAGCUCAAAAUCGAAUGAUGUACAAAAUCUUUCAGUGGGCUUGCAUUUUAAUGAAAACUGCUUGGUGGUAUAUUAUAGUCUGUCCGUCGUUAAGUUAGUAGAGCAAUUUAGAAUUUUACUUUUUAAUUGUUCUAACGCAUUAAUGUAUUAACUUUGUAUGUUUAAUAAGCUGUUUUUAUUUUAUUUUGUGUCACUUUAAUUUAUUUGUAGAUGCACAACUAGAAUGGAACUAUUUUGCAUCAAAGGAAAAUGAUGGGGAGAAUUAGGCUGUCUCAUUUUUUAAAUCUUAACAAGUACCUACUUUUUAAAGACCAUUUCAUUAUUGAAUCUCAAUUCUCAUAAUUUUAUAUACAGCCCCAAUGUUCAGAUCUUUGUGUCUGAAAACAAAUGGUAAUGGUGGACAUAUGAGCAAUGAAAGAAAUCCAGAGUGCGCCUAUAAAGAAUUUGUACUGUUUGACAACUCUUAUUUCACGUUCGCCAAAGGUACACUACUCGGAUAUUCAGCCGCUGUAUGGUCCAUGCUCUUAGAUUGGAAAGACUGAUGGUUUAAGCCAGCCUUUGUCUGAGCCAACAGCAGCUGAAUGCCACUGUGGGAGUCUGUGUUGGUAUGAGUGAGGACAAAUCUAAAAUAAAACAACAACAUGUAAAUAGAAAUCACAAAUACCGAAAGUGCUGCUUCUUCAUCCAGUUAUCGAUUGUCUGUAAUGGGAAAUGCUGGACUUAAGGUGAAAAUGGAGUGAACAUGGUCUCCCAUGCCUCCUGUAAAAACAUUUUUCUUUUGGGGGGGGGGGGGGGGGGGUUGGGAUGGGGCCAUUUUGUUUACUCUCUUUGGCACAUGAGAGCUAUUUGUAGAUGCACAUUAUGUUAAAGACAAGGGAAAAGUGUUUAUUUCUGGGGCUCUGAAAGGUGGUGUGGUCAUACUGAGAUGUGUGUCUUUAGAAAACAGCUGUGUGUGGUGCCAAGUCCAUCUUUGUACUCUCUGUGCCUGUUGAUGGUUUAUCAAUUGGCCCCUAGGAAAUUUGUCCCUCAGAAUUUGAGGCAUUUACAAGUUGACAUUUACAAGUUUUAGAGUGUGAAAUGGUUUCAUUUUCUGAAUUUAACAAAUGCUUAUUUUAUUUUUUGCAUGAUAAUAUCCCUCAAUUUCCAAACAAAUGUAAUAAAUGAAAGAAAUUCAGUGUUCACAAUUUCAGUUUCCAUUAAAAUGUAAAAUUUUCUUUAAAAA